UGACACAUACGCAUAAACUAAAAAAAAGUGAACUUCAUUUCAAUCACGAUUCAGAAUAAAAAGGUGACGAAAAUAAAAACACAACAAAAAACAGACCAUAGAAAAUACAACAAAUGUUCCAUCGUUUCUAUUUUGUGUUACAUCUGCUGAGUUUUACGCAUAAAGAAAAAAGUGUGUUGUAAAAAGAGAAAUAACGAACGCGCACUAUGGAAUCGUAUACUGUGCAAGCGGAAUAUUCAUUUCAAGGCGAAAACAAUGAUGAAUUACGUUUUAAAAAAGGCGAUAUCAUAACGGUGACACAACGAGAGGAUGGCGGUUGGUGGGAAGGUACCCUGGAUGGUACGACGGGAUGGUUUCCAAGCAACUACGUCAGAGAAUACAAAGCUUCAUUACCAUUAGACGAAGAAAUUCGUAAACCGGAGGAAAUAAAAGAAUCCAGACAAGUCGUGCUCAACGAUUUACUGGAAAGUGAACGAGCUCACGUAGCUGAGAUUCGCGGUUUGUUUGAAAACUUUUUAGAACCACUGCAAUCAAGUCAAAUCGUGACUGCCGACGAAUAUGCACAGUUGUUGGGAAAUUUUGUGGAAGUUGUUGAAACACACGAAGAACUACUGACAGCAAUGGAAAAUAGCAAUGACCGUAUCGGAAAACUAUUUUUAUCAAAGGCAGCCACAAUGAAAUGCAUUCAUCAAGCAUAUUGUGCAGCCCAUCCGCGUGCAAUUGUUAUUUUAGACAAGCACAGCGAACAACUUGAGGCAUAUAUGGAACGUCAAGGAGCCGCGUCGCCAGGAUUAUUGGUGUUAACUACAGGUUUGUCAAAACCAUUCCGUCGGCUCGAUAAAUAUGCAGCCAUGUUGCAAGAACUUGAGAGGCACAUGGAAUCCGGCCACCCAGAUCGUGGUGAUACACAACGAAGUAUAUCCAUUUAUAAGGAUAUUGCGUCAAUGUGUUCGGCGACACGACGUCAAAAGGAGUUAGAGUUGCAGGUGUUGACUGGACCAGUGAGAAAUUGGCAAGGUCAAGAAUUGAGUACAUUAGGUGAUAUAAUUCAUAUGGGAAGUGUUGCAGUUGGACCAGACCAUCGUGAUCGAUACUUUGUUCUCUUUCCCCAUACACUGCUUAUCCUAUCUGUAAGCCAACGGAUGAGCGCCUUCAUUUAUGAGGGGAAAUUGCCAUUAACCGGAAUCAAUGUGAAUCGAUUGGAAGACACCGAGACGAUAAAAAAUGCGUUCGAAAUCAGUGGACCGUUAAUCGAACGAAUAACAGCCGUAUGUCAGGGUCCAAAUGAAGCAAAUAAAUGGGUUGAACUGUUGUCACCAGAUCCGAUUGCCUCAUUCAAACCAAAGUCACAUGAAUCACUGAAAAAUAUGAUGAGCAAUUCAGCGAUGUCAUCGCCAAUUCAUGUAAAGAAUUUACUCGAUAUACGUGGUUAUUGUGCCCGCACAUCGAUGUGUUUUUAUAGUCUCGGUGUUCCAAACUAUAAAAUAACUUAUCCACCAAAGACAUAUCCCUCGACAGCGUCGUAUACAAGUCUAACAAAUCACUUCAAAGCAUUGGUUAACGAUGGUUUAAUGCAUCGAUUAGUUGUAAAAGCAUUAUUGUAUCCAGAGUUCCAUCGGCGAUUCAAUACCGAAAAAGUUCGUUUGCGUCGACAUCAUCGACAAACAUCGAUGCGACGACGCCAAUCGAUUUGUACAUCAAGUGAUCUCUCGCGUCAAGAAUCGGAAUCGAAUGAUGCAUGUGAUACAUCGGCCACGAGUUCGAUUGGUUUUGUAAAAUAUGCGGUCAGUAAACAGUCCGACCUCACCUCAUCGACGGGCACCUUUGUUGACAAUGGCAUUGAUGCCGAUUGUACACGUGAAAUAUUUGCGAAUUUAGACAGUUCAAAAUCGAAUUUGGGUCGAAUGCCCGUUGUCCGUGAUUCCGAUGGGAGCAUCAUUUUUGCACAUGCCAUUGAUUGUGAUAUUGGUAGCAGGGAUUCGUUGCAGUAUUAUUCAAAACCGGUAAAAGUAGUGAUUGAUCGUCGAAAAAUGUCGGCGGUAAAUAGUAUUGUGCAUACAACAACCGCUCAAAUGGUCAUCGGAUCGAAAAUUGAUGAAAAAAACGAUGACGAAAUGAUUUCGAUGAACAAAGGUAGCCCAUCGGAGGAGUCAGAACUAUCGAGCUAUAAUCAACGUUCGUUGCGAGCAAAUAUGGCAUGUGAAGAUCUCGUUAAUUUGGAUGAAUCGAUGAAAAUUAAAGACGAUAAAAUGGAGUUAAGUCGAAAAGGUCUAACGGCAACAGCAAUGGAUGAACGACACAGUAUGCCAACGCUAUUUGUUGGUAAUCGUUUUAAUUGUUCAUCGCUGACCGAAGUGUUCAUUCCAUCGUACCGAGAUAAGAUCGAUUUGAAAUAUGCAGAGAGUACAUCACAAAAUUCAGAAUUUAAUGAUGAUGAUAACAACAAUCGACAUUCAAAUGUUUCAACAGCAACCCAUUCCAGUUCGAUUGACAUCGCUCCACUUGUACCGGCUCCCGAUCAACUGUCCGUCGAAUUGCUUUAUAAUUCACAUGAAUCAGCAGCAAAUCAAAAUAAUCGUGGCUCCGAACAUGUCAUAAAGCCACCCAGCAUGUUUGGAGCGAAUCGAACGUUGAGCAGAGAGCUGAAUUUGAAGACAAACAUCAAACGUUGCACCAGUUCGCAAAUGAUAAAUUUACAAAAUGACGCGCAAUCAAAAUCAAACGAUGGCAAAUCGAUGCCAAAAAAUGUGAUGAAAAAAUGUGGUUGUUGCACCGAAUCACCGUGCGUUAGUCAACGUUCAAGUGAUUCGGGUAUGGCUGGCAGUUAUACGAUUCAAUUAACACCCGAAACACCAAUACCAAAUGCUAGCAGUCAAUAUGAUCAACAGUUUUUACCCGACAUCGAACAACGGCUAAACGGACUGAUGCACUCAAAAAGCUCACACGUAUUUGGACAUUUUGAUAAUAUACCAUUUGCGGACAGUGGCCAUGAUAGCGGUCAGUACGGUUGCAAUGAAGAAUCAGAAAGUGAACUAAAUCGUGAUUCGGCAGCCGCCAAGAAUAUGUUUGAACUUUCAUCAAGUCAGGAUACAGUUCGACGCAAAUCACGAUGUCAAAGUGUUGAACCACCGACGACGGAACGAAAGGAUGACGAUGAUGCGCAUCAUGGAUCGCUGGCCAUGUACAAAACCGGGCUGUAUGCACAUUGGUGGAAAAAAGAGCAACUACCAACGGGCAUGUUAAAUGACAUUAUACGCAUGAAAGCGAAUAUACAAACGACACACAAAUCAACUGUUGAUAAUGGUAGCAGGGGUUCAGACAGCAACUCACGCAACAAUCAACAACAUCGGACAAAUGAGUCGCGGAACAUCGGCAACAAUGCAACAAACAUCACAGCACAAACGCAGCCUGUCAUUCAAUCAUCACCUCAGCUACAAUCAGUACAGCAGCCCGAACAACAGCAUCAACGCCGCCACAUUAAACCACAAACAAAUGAUCGAUCCGAUUCUACAACAACACGUACAACUGCGAGAGAAACCAGACCAACCGGUGGCACCAGGCCCAAAGAUUAGUGUUAAAGCCAAUUGGAGUAUUGUGAAUUUACGUCCAUCUCCACCAUUACGUCCAACUUUGAUAAAUUCCAAUUCAUCUUCCGGUGCAAGCAACGGUGCUGUUUUGGCCAAUACAAAAAAAAUCCA